GAGAACACUUUUGCUGGAGGGGGCAGUUUCCUCAUUUGCUGUGGACAUAGCAAUGGACCAGUGCUGAGGCUGUGAACUGAUCCAACUGCUGUGCAUUUCUGUCCUGCUGGUGUAUGAACUUCGGGACUGGAUCUGGGAGUUGCUCCGGGAGUGGAUCUGGGACUCGGCCUAGUACAGAUGCUGUUGGGCUUGCUUCUGUUGUUUGAAUGACGUCAGGCAAUGCAGAAGUUCUGGUUCACUCUGGCCGUCUGGCUGCUCGUGCCGGAGUCCCAGCUGGAGGCAGAAGCUCGGAAACCCGGUCGUGGUUUCAAGCUCUGUGGGAGAGACUUUAUUCGGGCAAUCACCUACGCCUGUGGAGGCUCCAGAUGGAAACGGACUGAGUUAAACAUGCUAGAUAUCACUGACCCCUUCUCCCACCUGCCACGGGCCAUGGACGGUGCCAGUCCCGACAGCUGGGACCUUGCCAACAAAGUCACCAACUAUGAACUCACUACCCGGAGAUUCCUGAUGGGAUUUGGGGAUGAGGACCGAAGCCGGAGGAGCAUUUCCAAUGAUGUUCUGGAGGCUUUGAGGAGCACGGAUAGGAAGGGGAGGGACGCAGUGGUGGAUCUGUCUUUAGCUUGCUGUAGAUUGGGGUGCACCAAAAGUGAGAUUAGUUCGCUUUGCUAAGGUUUGUGCUCCACCAUCGAUUUCCCCACCACCUGCUCCCUAAUACAUAAAACCUAGAAAGUGGUUGGGUUCACACAUACACCUUGUAAUCAAAGAUCCUGCUCCUGAACUCCGGAAAACACAAAGACACACAGCAUAACAUGUGUGGCAGCCUAUUGGAAAAAUCAAAGCUCUUCAAUUUAUGUUUGAGAGACAGAUGUUGUUACGUUAAGUGCAGAGAAUUCUCCCUUUGCAAGAGAUUGUUCCUGUGGACUCUGUUGUCAAACACUCAUUAUGUAUCUGUUAAUCUUCACUGCAGAAACAAACUAUAUCUGCUGUACAAUUCCUUCUAAUAAAAAAUUACAUAUGUCA